AUGCCAAAUGAGCGUUAUCCAAGACAAUGUUAUUUAAUGCUACGCAGACUAGACGAGGCCGAUAGGAAAACAUGGGUAACCUGUAUUAAGGAUGUUUUGUUUGAAUAUGGGUUUGGAUAUGCGUGGAUUGCUCAAGAAAUUGGAAAUCAUACAAACUUUAUGGCAUUACUGGUUGAUAGAGUCAACGAUCGAGCUACGCUAAAUAUCCUCUCGCAAGAAGAAAACUCACCCAAAGCCAAUUAUUAUAAGCACUUUAAAUCACAUCUAGAUACAGAGAGAUAUCUGUCAAUACAUCUGCCAUUUAAACUGAAAAGACAAUUGGCGAACUUUAGAUGCUCUGGUCACAAUUUAAUGAUUGAAAAAGGACGCCACCAAAAUAUUGACCGACAAUUCAGAUAUUGUCCAUUUUGUCUAAAUAACCAUGCUCAUUAUGUUGAGGAUGAGUAUCACAUGUUGCUCGCUCAGAUUGUAACAACAAUUUUGAUUAAAAUGUGUAUUGUGUUGUUAGACACUGGAAAUAUUCCAAUUUUUGAAGAUCUCAAGUGUGGUUGGUCAAGUGAUAGUGCAUUAUUCGCAAAAGUAACUAUUGUUGACAUUGAAAAUUAUCUCAUUAACAGCAGUCACAGGUCUUCAGAUGCAUUAAAAAUGGAAUGUUACAGGCAAUAUAUUCGGGGCUUGAAUUUCUACAAGGAAAAGUACAUUCAUAAAGUCAUGAUAAACAACAUUUCUGAGACAUGUAGACAUUGCUAUAUUAAAUCUAAAUGUUUGCCAUCAAUGAAACAAGGUGUAUAUUUACAAUGGAUUUUGACUACUAAGGACACUCCAUUCAACAUUCUACAGGCCAACUGCUCUUGUCCAGCAGGGCUGGGAGAAGGAUGUAGCCACAUUGCCGGACUUCUGUUUGCCUUAGAGGCAAAUCAUACUGCCAGUAGUGAGGACCCUGAUUCAGAAGUUGCAUGUACAUCCAAACCAUGUGUGUGGAAUCAACCUAGCAAACGUAAACAUAGUCCAAAAAAAAUUGAAAACAUUACAUUCAAAAGAAUUAAAUUACGAGAUGAGGAAAAACCACUUCCAGUAAAACAACAAAUUGUAUUGCCCGAUGAGCACGACUUAAGUAAAUUUAGGGAUAAGUUAUGCUCCAGGUUAGGUAACCAUACAAAUGCUGCCAUAUUUAGUUUAUUGCCAUCUAUUGACAAUACCAUACCAACCGAGAGUGACUUAAAUGUAUCUCUAGAAGAGACAGUUGAAACAUCAUUAUUCAUAUCUCAUCAAAGUGACAAAUACAUAAACAUUAUGCAAACUGUAAAAGAAAGAAAUAUGUCACAGGAAGAAGCUUUAUCUUUUCUAGAAGAUUGUGAUCAGGAUGUCAUAUAUGAAAUUGAAGAACGAACAAGAGGACAGAGCGACAAUGAUUUAUGGUUGACAUCAAGGAAGGCUCGAAUAACAGCAUCUGUAUUUCAUGACAUCAGUACACGAAAAUCCAAUACACCACCUGAAAAACUGGUUGAAAGAAUUCUUGGAAACUCUGGUAACAAUAAAUAUAAUGAAUUUGUGCCAUCUUUAAAAUGGGGAAAGAAAAUGGAAAAUGUUGCCAAGAAGCAUUACAUUGCAAUAAAUAAACUUAAAUUUAAAAGAAAAAUUCAAAUCCAAGAAAAAGGAUUGAUACUUCAUAAGGAUUAUUCAUAUUUAGGAGCAAGUCCUGAUGGUAUUGUUGUUCACAACAGUACAAAGCAUCUUAUUGAGGUUAAAUGCCCUUACAAGUGGAGGACAAAAUCUGUAACUGAAGCCUGUAGAGAUUCUGACUUCUUUUGUUUUGUUGAUGAAAAUAAUGACAUUCAAUUAAAACAUUCAAGCAGAUACUAUACCCAAAUACAAGGUCAAAUGGGAAUCUGCUGUGUAAAAUCUUGUGACUUGGUUGUUUAUACAACAAAACAAACAAAAAUCAUUCCUGUGUCCUUUGAUGAAGUGUUUUGGGAGAAUCUUCUUAAGAAAUUAAUUGCAUUUUAUAAACAGUUUGUACUCCAUAAACUUUCAAAUUAAAGGCAUGUUUAUGACAGAUAGACUAAGAUGUUAUUGGGAAUCAGUGUAUGGGUUUCAAAUUUGUAGAAUAAAAACAUCCAAUUUAAACAUGAAUUCUUAUUUCAGUAUUGCAUACUUAAUAAGGAAUUUUAAUGACAAUGUUAAAUAGAAGUUGGCAGUUAACUGGUUGAAAUUAUAUAAAUAUGUAUUAAACACUGUUAAAAAUGUUGUGUUGUACAAUUAAUAUAUAACACAAACAUAUUCAAGAUAAUUAUGACAUUGUUUAAUGAUAAAUGAUCUUAAGUUUCGUUAACAUAUUUAAACACUAAAGUAAUAUAUAUUUGGCAAUAUGUUUACAGCAAACUUGAGCCGCAUCAUGACAAAACCAACAUAGUGCGUUUGGGACCAGCAUGGAUCCAGACCAGCCUGUGCAUCCGUGCAGUCUGAUCAGGAUCCAUCCUGUUCGCUUACCAACUCUAUUACAAGUAGAGAAACUGAUAGCGAACAGCAUGAAUCCUGAUCUGGAUUCAUGCUGGUCGCAAACCCAUUAUGUUGGUUUUGUCGUGACACGGCUCAUUUGUUUUGUGGGUCUCUUAACAUGUCUCAAAAAUAAAAUGCAUUGUUUAUUUUUACACAUGGGCAAUUUAAUACUCUGUAUCAUAAUUUAUCAUGUUAAUGUUAAAGAACAUUCAGUAUUAAAUGAAAUGCAUUGAAAAGUCUAACAAAGACAUAUUGGAAGAAUUUUUUAUUUCUUCAUAUUGAAAUUCAAUGACAUUUUGAGUAAAUGGCAACAGAUUGUAAAAACAAAAGUGUACAUUUGCACUGUUAUCAAAGCAUGACAAAAUAUAAUAAGGACAUAUUGUUAAAAACAAUUUCUAAUAUUGAUAUACAUUUUCACAAAGUUGUACAACAUUUUCAUAUUAUUUUUCUGAACUUUUAGUCAUUUGAUGAUAUUAUUAAAUAUAAUGUGUAACAAUUGUUUUUAUAUAUUUGUAGAAAAUCAGUAUUACUUGAAUCUUUAACAUGUAAAAUGUCAUGUACAUGCACUAAGUACAUUGUUCAAAAAUAUGCUGAAUGUAACCACAAGUACACUCUGUAGUGAUAAAUAAAUUAAAUUAAAACAGUU